AUGCAGAUUCCGCUCGUAUUCUUCUCCCUUCUUGUGGUUGCUUCUGCGACCUCGCCAGGUCCAUUGGUCAAUUUAGGCUAUGCAACGUACUUUGGGUCAAUCGAUUCUCAAAACAUAACUAGCUUCGUUGGCAUUCGCUAUGCUGCCCCGCCAACAGGCCAACUCCGUUGGCAGGCUCCUGUGCUGCCAACUCCCGUGGUGGGAAUCCAAGCCGCGAUAUCGCAGCCUCCACGAUGUUAUCAAGGUGCACUAGGCACCAAUCUCACUUCAAACCCAAUCCUUGCUUCUCGUGAAAUCGUCGAUUCCGAGGAUUGUCUCUUCUUAAGUGUCUAUUCACCGACGUUGACCCCCAAAACGCUUCUUCCAGUAGUUUUGUGGAUUCACGGAGGAGGAUACGCGAUUGGAGCUGCUUCCGACUAUAAUGGCGCUGAACUGGUCCUCCAAUCGAAUAGGAACGUUGUCGUAGUCGUCAUUCAGUACCGCUUAGGGUUAUUCGGUUUCUUAGCGGGAAAGCAAGUGCACAAGUACGGUGUUGCAAAUGCUGGACUAUUGGACCAAGACCUGGCAUUGCGUUGGGUCAACAGGAAUAUCCAUAAAUUUGGUGGUGAUCAAAGUCAGGUCACAAUUUGGGGUCAGAGCGCCGGUGCGGGCUCCGUGCUUCAGCAUGCUUUGGCACAUUAUGGCAAUACCCAGCCCAGCUUAUUCCGUGCCGCCAUCACCAGUUCCACCUAUGUGCCUCCGCAAUAUGCCUUCGACCAUUGGGUGCCUCAGACCAUCUUUCACCAAGUUUCUGAACUAGCUGGAUGCUCAAAUUCUACAGCCCUCAAUUGUCUGCGUGCCUUGAACGGCGAGACAUUGCAAAGCAUCAAUUACAAUAUUUCAGUCGCUAGUUUCCAGGGAUCUCCACCUUUCCUGCCCGUCGUUGAUGGUAGUUUCAUCGUCAAAAACCCUCUCAUUCAACUUCAAGAAGGGAAAGUAAAUGGCGAUAUCUUAUUGUCCAUGACAAACACCAAUGAAGGCAUCAUCUUUGUCAGCUCAGCUGUAGAGUACGACGUUGCAGGAUAUACGCGCAACCUACUUCCUGCACUUUCGCCCAAUCAGAGCGAAUCGGUGGCCAGGGCAUACGGUUCUCUUGGAUCUUCUCUGGAGCAAGUCUAUGCAAUCAUGACUGAAUUCACUUUCGUCUGCCCUACCUAUUAUGCACUCCCGGCCUUCUCCGGAAAAUCCUACAAGGGUCAAUUUGCCGUCCCGCCAGCCCUGCACGGUGAUGAUAUCAGCUACUAUUUCCCUUCCUUCCAUGGCUUCGGCACCCCCACACCACGUUUCAACAGCAGUGACUUCAUAAAUGCAUUUGUCGGCGGUUUCCUUAGUGCUGCAGUCCACUUGGAUCCGAACGUGAAGCUCUCGCCAAAUAUCGCCCCGGUAUGGCCGAAGUGGACAACGGCAAGGCAUGAAAUGCUCUUCAACAAAACAGAUUUCACGGUCCCUCGGCCGAAGAUUGUAGCGGAUCAAGUGGAUCAAGCACUGUUGGACCGAUGCGAACAUAAGCUGGACGAAUAUCCAAGUCAUGAUCAUCUGAAUCAGCCACGUGACCGUGCUUACUUGUUCGCGCGUUUCUUCAUGUCCCAACCUCAAUCCAUUGAUCUCUCCGCUCAUAUCCGGGGCCUUCUCCUCGACUAUGUUCUCGCCCACAUAACAGCCGAUUAUAUCCAAUUUACCGAGCAGGCAAAUUCAGAGCUUUGCCGAUAUGAGCAGAUACCCCUCGUUGAUCCUAAUUCGCUAACAAUACCUCCUGACCCUUUCGACACUCUUCUCAGAAUCCACGCAUUUCCUUCCCUCAUUCCGUCCCAAGAAAAGUUUCAGUCGACACCAGAUGCUAUCAAGUACGUCAAAAGCGUGUUGUCCGCAAGCUCCGGGAAGCCACCCUCUGCUAGGGCUGUUUCAGAGGAGAAUACCUCUGAGACUCGUUUACCUCUUUAUGAACAAUUUCUCCCCGUGUUAUCUGCCCGUGCACGACGCGAAACUCCUCGACCAGGCGCGAAACUAUUUUCUAAAUCACUUCCCAACUCACACAAUCAAUUUCUACACUCUCAAGCAAUCCAACCUGUUGUCGUCGAACCAGUGGUAGAAGAGCUCGUUAAGCGGGAUGAUGUGUUAGAUGUGGUUUGGAAGCUUCGGCAAGACCAACGAGAAGACGUACGCGCCGCUUUGCUUGGUGUAAUGGUACCCAUGAAGAAGUACAAAAACCGUCAUCUGGACUUUUCCUCCCGUCCAGAAUCUCCGCCUCUGCGAACGAGGGACUAUGAACCUGAAUUUAUCCCCAUUUUCCCCCGGAGGCGAAGAGUUGGUAGUGGUGUCAGGGAAGGCGAUCCGCCACCAUUGGGCCUUGGCAGUCUCAAAGACCUAUCGGCUAUGAUUCUUCCUCCAGUCAAGCUUGAAGAAGUCGAGCCUGACUUUUGUACGCAAAACAUGAUCAUCGUCAAUGGAUGGAGUGCAUUUUGUCGCUCGUUUCCCAACCAACUGUUUAUCGAGUCACAGAUGCCAUACGAUCGUCUGCGUCCCCCAGUCCUUCGCCACGUUCCAGUCAGGAAGAUCUCGUUGACGAGCUUUGGUCGUCUCCUGACACUACUCCCGCCUCCAUAUCGUCCAACAAAAAUGGAUGUUGUAGAAAUACCCCGCAGCAAGCGCAUUGGUGGGCAAAGGAAAAAGCCAGACCUGAUUGGACAAGGUUCACACCUAGGCUCCUUCCUUGCCCCCCACGUAAGGAUGCAUGCCGACUUUCCAGUUCUGUUUCGUCCCCCGGAUGAAUCCGAGUCGAUUAUUGGGAAUGCAGGCUCGACCAACGCUGCGACAACAAAAGAUGUGCUUGACGCGGAUAUCAAUGCAUUGUACGGAGAGCGUCAAGAUAUUAGAGAUUGGAUAAUGAAAGAGAGGGUGGACGAGAAGCAACAGCUGCUUAUGGAGGUCCCGCUUCUCCCGCCGCCGAGCCACCACGGCCCCAACUCAUUGUUCCUUCCAUCACACCUCUCUCAACUGUUGACGACGCCGAAGGAGCAAGUUCAGCAAUCGCCCAAUCACGUGCAUCAAUUCUUGAAGCGAACCAAAGGGCUUUUAUCAUCCACCGUCGAACUCUCUUGGGAUCCUAUUCCCGCAAGAACUCCGAUAGCAACUCUUCCAGACAUACUUCAAGUCGAAAAUUCCUUUCAUGAUGAUAUGUUCGCUUCGCCCGUGCAAGCCCUGCUACUUACCGUCUGCCCUGCGGAAACGACUGACGAAGAUGUCUGGAGCUCUCGAUACAGCAAGCAUUGCUUUGAAGGGACGCUGCCAUUUCUGGAUCUUGAUGCUGGUCGUUGUGAGAUUGCAUUAUCCAGGCGCAGACCCGGAGCCAUCAAUGUCUCGCAUAAGGAAAUAAUUUCUGAUGACUUGACUGAUGAAUCGACGACCAAACGCAAGUCAAGUCAAGAUAAUUUUGACGAUUCGGGUAUCGCGUUCGAUUUCGUGGAGCCGGAUUUUCAAACACCUCCAGUUGAAAUGGCAAUGAACGUCCAGCAAUCAUUUUAUCAGCCCAUUUCUGAGCCGACAGAAGAUGAACAUGUCGCGUACCAAACCUAUCCGUACUAUCAUGACAAGAACGAAUUUCUAGCGCUCUCUUUUGACUCCGCUCAGCCCAGCCAAUUGAUACACGACGCACAUUCAGACGAAACUUAUGCGGCUAUGUUCGAGCCACAUCGCGGAGCUAUUAUCAACGACACGGCAGCAGUGUCGCAACCUUCACUUCCCGAUAUCGUCACACACUCUCUAGGAAUCUUCGAGUUUGCCAAGCUACGCGCAAAGCGGGUUUCUGAGUCACUUCCACCACAAGCACCAGCAGCACCACCAGAUAUCACAACUGCCGAAGCGCCUGCCAACGUUAAUACUCUGCCAGAAGAGCUGCAUGACCGAAACACAGUGUCUCUCCCUUCGAUAUGGAAUGCACCCUCCUCUCGGCACAAGUAUCUGGUGUCCAUGGAAAUCCUUCAACGUCAAGCUCUUGUCCGAACGUUGCGUUCUUGUUGUGUUGAUUUGGUUGAGCGAGAAUCGAUGUCUGGCGUCGAUAUAAUCCUUGACCCACACAGUGCCAUCAUUUUCUCCAAUCUUCUGACUCUUCCUUCGGAGUGUGUUGACCUAGUGAAGCGAAUCGCACAAGAGUCAUGGCGCUACUCUCGCCUGUUCGUUAUCUUCAAUGCGUAUCCAGAUACUUACAGCUAUCGGACGAAGGAGAGCACCAGUCGCCAAUCCGAGCUGUCAGCCUACACUCCACCAGUUAUCAAAGCCCUGCGUAGGUUCCGGCGUGAUAUAGACAUCAUGGAAGGGUCGGGGCACCUGCGACAAGACUGCAUUGUUCAGCAUGCAUUUGCUGACACUGUGAACGACUCAGCCAUGUUUGUGCGGUAUUUAGGAGAUUACUUAGAGGCGAAUGAUGCGUCUGAAGGGGCGGUUUGGGGCGAUAGAGCCUGGUUCAAUGAUGAUAUACCUGAGGGUGAAAGCGACCUCGCAGCUGCCGACGGGAUGAAUCUGUUUGCUUCACUUCUCAUAUUAUGUCAAAUCGGUCUUGAGGAGUUUCUGGAGCUGACUCCGGACGAGCGAGUGGCCAAAUUUGCUAUAUUUGUGGGAGCGGAACGGAUGUCUUCGCUGAAUCGCGUCAUCGAACAACGUUUUGCUGCUUUGCAACCUUCUGAGUCAGAGAUGGAUGUAGGGUAG